AUGAUAGAUGAUAUAUUUGAUACUGAUGAGGAAAGUUUAUUUCCUGCCAUUCUAAACCUAGCUAGUAAUGCUCAUAUCAGCACUAAUGCUACAUGUGGUGAAAAAGGCCCCGAAAUGUUUUGUAAACUUGUGGAACACGUUCCAGGUCGACCCCUACGCAAUGCACAAUGUCGAAUUUGUGAUUACAAUAGUGCAAAUUCCAAAGAGCAACAUCCUAUCUCAAAUGCUAUAGAUGGUACUAAUCACUGGUGGCAAAGUCCUAGCAUUCAGAAUGGAAGAGAAUACCAUUGGGUAACAAUUACUCUAGACCUAAGACAGAUCUUUCAAGUUGCUUACAUCAUCAUAAAAGCUGCUAACGCUCCAAGGCCCGGAAACUGGAUUUUGGAACGUUCUGUGAAUGGUAUUGAAUUCAGCCCCUGGCAAUACUAUGCAAUUAGCGAUACCGAGUGUCUAACCAGAUACAACGUGACACCAAGACUUGGUCCUCCUACAUAUAAGAAAGACAAUGAAGUGAUAUGCACUUCCUAUUAUUCUAAACUUGUUCCACUUGAGCAUGGAGAGAUACACACAUCACUGAUUAAUGGGAGACCUAGUGCUGAUGACCCUUCGCCAGCAUUACUGGAAUUUACCUCUGCAAGAUAUAUCCGUCUCCGAUUGCAGCGGAUAAGAACUCUUAAUGCUGAUCUCAUGACCCUUAGUCACCAUGAUCCUAAAGAUGUUGAUCCUAUUGUUACAAGAAGGUAUUACUAUUCAAUAAAAGACAUCUCUAUUGGAGGCAUGUGCAUUUGCUAUGGGCAUGCUCGAAGUUGUCCUUUGGAUAAACACACAGAGAAACUACAGUGCCAGUGUGAACACAAUACUUGUGGUGAAAGUUGUAAUGAAUGUUGUCCUGGCUACCAUCAGGCACCAUGGAGACCUGGAACUAUUUCUGCUGGCAACAAAUGUGAAAGAUGCAACUGUCACAACAAAACAGAAGAUUGUUAUUAUGACCAGAGAGUAGCAGAUGAAAAAAAAAGUAUAAACAUAUUUGGUCAAUUCAAAGGAGGUGGAGUAUGCAUAAAUUGUACACAACAUACCACUGGAAUAAACUGUGAUGUGUGUAGUAAUGGCUACUACAGACCACAAAAAGUGUCUCCUUAUGACAACAAUCCUUGUCGUCCAUGUGAAUGUGAUUUAUUUGGGUCCUUUGGCUUUGACUGUGUUAAGGAUAAUAAUCAUGCUGACCCCCAAAAAGAUAUUCAGCCUGGUCAAUGUCAUUGCAAGGAAGGGUAUGCUGGAAAAAAAUGUGACCAUUGUGCUUUUGGCUACAAAGGUUAUCCAAAUUGCAUACGCUGUAAUUGUAGCCUCGUUGGCAGCAUCAAUGAUGAUCCGUGUAGUGAACCUUGCCUUUGCAAAGAAAACGUAGAAGGAGAAAAUUGUGACCGUUGCAAAUCUGGAUUCUAUAAUCUUCAAGAAAGAAACCCACAGGGUUGCACUGAAUGCUUCUGUUUUGGUGUUUCUGAUGUGUGUGAAAGUCUUCCAUGGUCCACUACUAAGGUGUCUUCUAUGAUUGGGUGGGAGGUGACAACUCUAUAUUCUUCAAAAACUAUACAACCUCAAGAAAAUCACUUUGAUAAAUCUCAUCAAAUAAGUAUUAACGACACUGAGGUUGCAAAAGUACUAAACCCUCCUUAUUACUGGUCUGCACCUAAAUCAUACCUUGGAAAUAAACUCACUGCCUUUGGUGGCUCUUUAAAGUAUACCGUGUCUUACGAUAUUCCCAUGGACAGUACAGAUAGUGACUUGGUAUCUAGUGUCGAUGUUAUUAUCCAGGGCAAUGGAUAUAUUCUUUCUACAAGAUCUGAAGGGCUGUCUUUGCAACCAUAUGAGGAAUAUUCCAGUACAGUGCAUCUUAUAUCUGAAAACUUUGUUGAUUUUAAUACAAAGAAGUCAAUAGAUCGAGACACACUGAUGACAGUUUUAGUUAAUGUUACCCGUAUUCUACUUAGGGCCAGUUACAACACUGCAGAAAAAUCUGUAUAUAGGUUGGACUCUGUGACUUUGGAUACAGCAAAUGCUAAUCUUAUAGAUCUGUCUUCAGCUGUACAUGUAGAAUAUUGUGAAUGUCCACAGGGUUACUCUGGAAUAUCUUGUGAAUCCUGUGUUCCUGGGUACUAUCGAGUGGAUGCAAUACUUUUUGGAGGGAUUUGCCUGCCGUGUGAAUGCAAUGGUCAUGCAACGGAAUGUGAUAGUCAUGGUGUUUGUAUUGCAUGUGAGCAUAAUACCACAGGGGAAUCUUGUGAGCAGUGUUUGCCAGGAUUCUACGGAAUGCCUUCGAGGGGAACCACAGAGGAUUGCCAACCAUGUGCCUGUCCACUGAGAAGUGCUACUAACAAUUUCAGUCCUACUUGUCAUUUGGAUAACAGAGAUGAAGUUGUCUGUGAUAAAUGUGCUCCAGGAUAUGCAGGAGUCAGAUGUGAAAGAUGUGCAAAUGGAUAUUAUGGCAAUCCUUUAGUGCCAGGAAAACCAUGUAUUCCUUGUGAUUGCAAUGGCAAUGUAAACCCAUUGGAAGAUGGCCAUUGUCAUUCAGUUACAGGGGAAUGUUUGAAAUGCAUUGGAAAUACUGUGGGACAUCACUGUGAAAGGUGUGCUGAUGGCUAUUAUGGGGAUGCAGUGACCAACAAACAUUGUUAUGUUUGUGAAUGUGACAUAAACGGCUCGGUUUCCAGCGUCUGUCAUCAUGAAACUGGCCUCUGCCAAUGCAAAGCCAAUGUAGUCGGAAAGAGAUGUGAUAAAUGCUUGUUUGGUUAUUAUGGCCUCAGUACUACAGCUAGUUGCCUUCCCUGCCUUUGCAGUAAAAUUGGCUCAGCUACAGAAGAUUGUAAUGAAGAAGGACAGUGUCGUUGUGCACUAGGAGUGGCUGGAGACAAGUGUGGACAUUGUGCUCCAGGGUUUUAUGCAUUUCAGGAUGGUGGUUGCAAACCUUGUGAUUGUGCUCAUACUCACAAUACAUGUGAUAAAGAUUCGGGACAAUGCAUUUGUGCUCCUCAUACAACUGGAGAAAAAUGUGAACUUUGUGAAGAAAAUUUCUGGGGUCAUGAUAUAGAAAAGGGAUGCAAGGCUUGCAAUUGUAGUCAAUUAGGUUCCCUCAGUCUCCAGUGUGACCAGCUGACUUCUCAGUGCCAGUGUAAGCAAGGAUACGGAGGGGACAGGUGUGCCCUCUGUGCUUUGGGUUACAGGGACUAUCCUGAUUGUAUUCCUUGUGACUGUGAUGUGCGUGGGAGUAAAGCCGAGAUGUGCAAUCAAGGAAUGUGCAGCUGUGAAGAGGAAACUGGUGUGUGUGUUUGCAAGGAUAAUGUCUUUGGAUUACACUGCAAUGAAUGCAAAAGUGGGACCUUUGCUCUACAUGCUAUUAAUCCUUUGGGAUGCAUCCCUUGCUUCUGUUCUGGGAUGACAGAAUUCUGUGCAGAAGUAGAAGGUUAUGUGCGAAUUCCGAUAACACUGACUCUAGAACAGGAACUAUUACACGUGGUUUCUCUCAGUAACUUUACUGGAACAAGCGAAGGUGUAUUUUCCCAAUUUCCAGACAUAGUAAUGGAUGCAGCAACAGUCCGCCAACACUUGAAUGCAGAACCCUUUUACUGGAAAUUACCAGAUCAAUUCCAGGGAAAUCAGCUCAUGUCAUAUGGUGGGAAAUUGAAAUAUUCAGUAGCUUUUUUUGCUCUGGAUGAUCUUGGAACUGCAAAUCUUGAACCACAAGUUCUGAUUAAGGGAGGUCGCCCAAGGAAACAGGUCAUCUAUGUGGAUGUUCCUGCUCCAGAAAAUGGAUUAAGGCAAGAUGAAGAGAUACUAAUGAUGGAGAACACCUGGAAAUACUUUAAUGCUGUUUCAGAUGAAUCUGUUUCACAUUCUGACUUCAUGUCAGUUCUGAGCCAUAUUGAAUAUAUUCUUAUCAAGGCUUCAUAUGGUCAAGGAUUGCAACAAAGCAGAAUCUCAAAUGUCUCCAUGGAUAUUGCAGUGAAAGCCGAUUACAUGCCUUUGGCCAAGGAACCAGCUCACCACAUUGAAAAAUGCCUGUGCCCUGGAGGUUAUGCAGGACUCUCCUGUCAGGAUUGUGCACCCGGAUACUAUAGAGAGAGGCAUGGAAACGCACACCUAAAAAUGUUACCCUCAGUAGUUUCAUUAUGUGUGCCCUGCCAGUGCAACAAUCACAGCAGUGCUUGUGAUUCAGAAACAGGGAAGUGUUUGGAUUGCAGAGAAAAUACAGUUGGUGAUCACUGCAAUAUUUGUGCCCCUGGUUAUUACGGCAAAGUUAAAGGAUCCAUCAAUGAUUGUUCACUAUGUGCAUGUCCAAGAACGAACCCUGAAAGAUGUUCUCCAGGUUACUAUGGACAUCCUAGAGUACCAGGUGGCAAAUGUCAGCAAUGUCAGUGCAACCAAAAUGGUUCUCUCCAUCACCACUGUGAUCAUAUUUCUGGGCAGUGUGUUUGUAAGCAAGGUGUAACAGGACAGUUGUGUGAUCAGUGUGAUUCAAGGCACAUUCUUGUGGAGAAUGAAUGUGUUUCUUGUGAUGAUGACUGUACAGGGCAGUUGUUGAAUGAUCUGGAUAAUUUUGACAAAGCCGUGCAUUUGGUAAACUUCACUGGUGCUAUCUUGGCACCUUAUGGAGCACUUUCAGACUUGGAAAAUGCCACAAAACAUUUAAAGGACGCUUUGGGAGUUGAAGAAAGUCCAAUCUCUUUAAUGAAGAUCAUGAAUGGCAAUCUUGAUACAAUAUCAAAUGUUUCAGAUCAGUUCUACAACGAGUUAACAAGAAUAUUAGAAAGAGAAGAAAAUCUCAACAAUGCUACAGAAAGUACCUUGAACAAGAGUAAAGAAUUGGCUAAAUUUAUCAACACAUUGCAGGCAUCUAUGAAAGUGCUUGUGGAAAUGGCAGCUACUCUUAACACAACAGGAGAUAGUGAUUUCCCACAAUCAAAUAAAACACUUCAGAAAUUGCAAGAUGAUAUUCCCAUGAUGUUGGACAUAAUGCGUAGAAGGUAUUCCCAGAAACUGCAUCAAGAUAGUAUACAUGAAUUAAAAAGUGCAGAAAAGUUGCUGACACGAAUCCAGAGAGAAUAUUGGAGACCACAGCAAAAAAUUAAGGACAUUCAAAAAGCAGCAAAACGUGCCUUAUCUGACCAUAGCUCCAAACAUCAAGAAGCCCAAGAUGUUGUGAACAUAGCAAACAGUAACACUGAAGAGGCUAGACGUCUGCUUGUUCCUAUUAAUAACAACCUCAAUGAGUUCAAUAAUAAAAAGCUAAAUGUUAAAGAAGAUGAGGCUCUUUCUGUUAUGCUGAUAAAAGAAGGAAAAAUCCAAACAACUGCUGCUACCGCCUUUGCAAGGGAUAUAUUUAAUUCUACCUCUGAUCUAGAAAUCCAUCAGGAUGAAUUGAUGUUAUGGAGUAGUAAAUUAAGACAACAUGUGGAUGACCUGGUUAUGCAGAUGUCUACUCGAGGCGCUCUUGAACUGGUCUAUAAGACAGAAGACCAUGUUGCUGAGUUAGAAAAAAAUGUUCAUGCAUUAGACAGUGGCCUUUUGAAUGUUAGAAAUGUGACUGUGAAUGUGACAAAUUCUGUCCAUGUGUACUCUACCAUAAAAAAUCUAGUUGAAAGUGCAGAGAACCUGGCAAGUGAUGUCACUAAGAUUGUCUAUGAACCAAUACAUGUGCAAAGAGAGCCCUUUAACAUUACUGGGGAAAAUGUCCUUCACCUUGGCUCCACGGUCUUAACUGAUGCAAAACAUCUUGACAAGAAGUAUGAUGGACUCAGGUCAGGGUUAAAUGAAAUUAACAUAAAAGUGGAAAGACUUAAAGCGAAAGCCAGUGGAAUUGCAAAAAGGUUUAAUGAUUCCCUACUUCAGCUGACUGCAUUGCCCAGAGAUACUAAUGAAAAUAUUUUGGCAAUAAAAAGGCUGGCUCUUUCUGCUAAUUUGACUUCCCUUAAUGGUAUAAGCCAUACUGACGGUUUUAGUGAGAAGCUGUGGAAUUCUUCAUCUGCAUUGUCUAAAGUUAAUGAUACAUUGCAGAAAACAAAUGAACUUAUAAUUGACUCAACAAAUGCUGCAGCAUCAGCUGAAAAAAAAGUGAAUGAAGUUGAAAUCCAGGCUGGUCUGUUAUAUGGAAGAUUGAAACCUCUAAAAAUACUGGAGGAGAAUUUAAGCAGAAACAUCUCUGAAAUUAAAGAGCUCAUAAACCAGGCUCGCAAACAGGCAGCUUCUAUUAAAGUUGCAGUAUCUGUAGAAAAAGACUGUAUUCGGGCCUACCAACCCCAGAUAUUAUCUACUAACUACAAUACAUUAACAUUAAAUGUUAAAACAAUGGAACCUGACAAUCUUUUGUUCUAUCUGGGUAGCAAUGGUAAAGCCAGGUUUGCGAAAACUGGCACUCUGAGUGUAGAGGAGACUAGUUCUCCUCAGAAGCCCAUCAGAAGUGCCACCUCCCCUGGAACAGCCACUGUACUAGAUGUAAAUCUGUCAACUCUAAUGUUCAUUGGUGGACUUGGAGGACAAAUCAAGAAAUCACCAUCAAUUAAAGUAACACAUUUUAAAGGGUGCAUUGGGGAGACAUUCCUGAAUGGCAGACCAGUGGGGCUUUGGAAUUUUAUGGAAAGAGAAGGCAAGUGCACAGGAUGCUUUGGAAGCCCACAAUAUGAAGAUCCUUCAUUUCAUUUUGAUGGCAGUGGAUAUUCAGUGGUGGAGAAAUCACUUCGUCCCACUGUGACCCAGAUAAUUCUGUUUUUCAACACUUUUUCAACUAACGGACUCUUAGUAUACCUGGCUUCCAAUGGCACAAAGGACUUCUUGACUCUGGAGCUUGUCGAUGGCAGAAUUAAAGUAACUGUUGAUCUUGGUUCAGGCCCCCUUACACUUAAAACAGAAAACCGCUACAAUAAUGGAACAUGGUAUAAACUUUCAUUCAGACGAAACAAAAAAGAAGGGAUUUUGGCAGUCAUGGAUGCUUACAGCCUCAAUUCUAAAGAAAUCAAGCAAGGAGAAUCCUCUGGUGUAGCCUCUGACUUGAAUCGUUCUGAUAAAGACCCAAUUUACAUUGGAGGAUUACCAAGGUCAAGGACAGUAAGGAAAGGGGUUCAUAGCAGAACAUUUGUGGGAUGCAUGAAGAACUUGGAAAUAUCCCGAUCUACUUUUGACUUGCUUAAAAAUUCAUACGGUGUGAGAAAAGGCUGCAUCCUAGAGCCUAUACGCAGCGCUAAUAUCUUACAUAAUGGCUACAUUGAGUUGCCACCCAAACACCUUUUGGUGGAAUCUGAACUUAUGGCUACUUUUGCUACAAAGAACUCCAGUGGAAUCAUUCUUGUGGGGCUUAGCAAAGGUGAAGCAAAACGAAGACGCAGACAAGUCCAUCUUCCCUUUUUCUCCAUCAUGCUAGUGAAUGGUCACUUGGCUGUGCAGGUCCUUGCUGGUGACCGAGCAAGUGCAAAAAGGGUCAUGGUCAAGUCUAAUAAUGGAACUUACAGUGAUGGAAAAGAACAUUCUGUUAUCCUUACUCGGAAUAAGAGAAUAAUAAGUGUGCAAGUGGAUGAAAGUAAACCUGAAGAAAUUAGACUUGGACUCAUGGCAGAAAGCAGACCAAUUAAUAUAUCAAAGCUCUUCGUUGGUGGAAUUCCUGCCGAAGAAAGCAUUUCAGGAUUAAUGAUGAUGGAUUCUUUCUAUGGUUGUAUAGCUAAUGUGAUAUUUAAUACCGAAUUUCUGGAUUUCACCACUGCAGUAAGGUAUGAAGGUGUUGAUAUGGACAGCUGCUUUCCUUCAGAUAAAUCUAAGCCUGUUAUUCAACCAGAAGACUUUGAAAUCCGAUCUGAAAUACAGAUGCUGCCAAGUUCUCUAAAGUCUUUUUCACAAGCUAAGGAAAAACAGUGUUCAGAAAAUGGAGAGCUGAAGUAUGUUUCCAAUGCCCAUCAGUUUGGCGUUACCAGAAACAGCCAUUUAAUGCUACUUUUCAAUCAGUCUACAGUAAGAAAAAAGUUUUCUGUUCAAUUAAGAGUCAGGACCCUUGCUUCUAGUGGCCUAAUAUACUACACAGCUCAUCAGAAGCAAGUUGAUUAUGCAGCCCUUCAACUCCAAGAAGGAAAGCUUCGUUUUUCAUUUGAUCUUGGAAAAGGACAGUCGGUAGUUUCUCAUGGAGCAAUGAUCAGCGAUGGAAAAUGGCAUACGGUGGAAACAGAUUAUGCUAAGAGGAAAGGUAUAAUCAUAGUUGAUGGGCAGGCUACUGAAGCGGUCAAUGUUUCAGGUGACGGAAACACCUUGGAUGUGGAUGGGAAAUUGUACUUGGGGGGUCUACCCUUAGGUUACCUUACAAAGAACGUUAGAAAUAUUACUCGCAGCAUUCCUGCAUGCAUUAGUGAAGUAACCAUUAAUAGCAAGCAAUUAGAUAGUCUGGUCUCAACUUUUGCUGUGAAUAAGUGUUAUGCUACAAUCCAGAAAGGAACUUACUUUGAUGGAAGUGGUUUUGCUGCUCUUGUUAGGGAAGGCUAUAAAGUCAGAUCUGAAAUUAACAUUACUUUUGAAUUCCGUACGAAUGUUGUGAAUGGAGUACUUCUUGGAAUCAGUAGUGCUAAAAUAGAUGCCAUUGGACUGGAGAUUGUAAAUGGAAAGAUUUUAUUCAAUGUCAAUAAUGGAGCUGGCAGAAUAAAGGCUUCCUAUGAACCAAAAGGAAUGACUAAUCUGUGUGAUGGACAGUGGCAUAAAGUGCAGGCUAUGAAAAACAAGCAUCAUAUUGCUCUAAUAGUCGAUGGAAAUGUGGUUCAGACUGAUAAUCCACAUGUUCAUUCAACCUCUGCAGAUACAAAUAACCCCAUUUAUGUUGGAGGGUAUCCUGCUGACAUAAAACAAAAUUGCUUGACCACUAAGAAUUCCUUCCAAGGAUGUUUGAGAAACUUUAUGCUGAUUAAAGCCCAGCAAGCAGAUUUCUUGGACUUCAGCGAAGCCUUUGACCUGAGUGGAGUUUUUCCACAUUCCUGCCCUGCAGCCUGACUACUAAAUGGGAGGAAAAAUGUUCCAUUUUAAGAGGCUUUGUCUAUGAACUCUUAAUGAAAAAGAAAUGCUUUUAAUGAUAAUACUGAUUUACGCUAUUUCCCUCUUACUUUUCCAGCUCAAGAAAAAUAUGUUUUUAGCUAGAAUAUCUA